AUGUCGAACAUUAGUGGAGUCGGAAACCGCUCGUCGAGAGCAGCACACUUUUACUACUGCGCCAAUGGUUUGAAUGGAUUUCACAACCAGAUCAUUUCAUCCUUAAAUGUGCUUAUAGCAAUCACAUCCUUUCCAGUUAACCUCUUGAUAAUUGUUGCCCUUCAAAAAAUUACGUCGAUUCAUCCGCCAUCGAAACUUUUAUUCAGCUGCUUAGCAUUGACGGAUCUUUGCGUCGGAAUCAUAUUGCAACCUUUGUAUAUUGCCUAUUUGUUGUCUCCGUACCACUCUAGUCUCUGUUACUAUCUGGAAUAUGUUUCUCCAGUUGUGGCCUUAUCUCUAUGCGGCGUAUCUUUGCUCACGUCAACUGCAAUAAGUGUGGAUAGAUUGUUCGCGCUGGUGCUUGGGUUAAGGUAUAGACAAACCAUCACAAGGAAACGGGUCUGGGCCUUUGUAAUUUUUUCUUGGCUUGGAAGCAGUAGUAACGCAGUAGUUUACCUAUAUGGAUAUCGCAUUCUUUUAUUUACUGCCAGUGCAAUAAUGUUGCUGUGCAUAUCAACGUCCUCGUUCUGCCACCUGAAAAUAUAUCGUAUACUUCGCCAUCACCAGUUUCAAGUCCAAGAACGUGUUUACCUCUCGCGGCCAAAUAGGAGGGAAGUACCGAUCAAUAUUGCACGAUACAGAAAGACAGUUUCCAGUGCACUUUGGAUAUCACUGGUGUUGUUAGGUUGUUAUCUACCAUUUGUUAUAAUGAUAUUCAUAGAGUACAUAACUUAUGCGCCAAUUGUUGCCUUAUUUUUUGAAUUAGCAGUAACUCUUGUUCAGUUGAAUUCAUCCCUGAAUCCAUUGCUGUACUGCUGGAAAAUUAGAGACGUAAGACAGGUAGUGAAAGAUAUGGUCAAAGAGUUUUUCUGCUCCCAAAGUUAG